AUGGCGGAGCAACGGGCACUCACAGCCGCCAAGCAGGGGGACCUGGACACCUUGGAGCAGCUGAUGGAGGAUGGGGCCCUGGGCCCAGGCCUGGCCGAUGCUCUGGGGGCUGGCCCAGUUCACCUGGCUGCCCGUGCUGGCCACCUGGACUGUGUGAAGUUCCUGGUGCAGAGGGCCCAGCUGCCCGGCAAUCAGCAGGCCCACAAUGGGGCCACACCUGCCCACGACGCUGCCGCCACCGGCCACCUGGCUGAGCUGUGCUGGCUGGUCCGUGAGGGAGGCUGCGGCCUACAGGACCAAGAUGCCUCGGGAGUGUCCCCACUGCACCUGGCCGCCCGCUUCGGGCACCCCAUGGUGGUCGAGUGGCUGCUUCGAGAGGGCCAUGUGGCCACGCUGGAGACACUAGAGGGGGCCUUGCCCCUGCACCAUGCUGCUGUAAGCGGGGACCUGACCUGUCUGAAACUUCUGGUGGCCGCCCACAGCAGCGGCGUGAACCAGAGGACUGGCAGCGGCGCCUCCCCGCUCUACCUAGCCUGCCAAGAGGGCCACCUCCACCUGGCGCAGUUCCUGGUGAAGGACUGCGGCGCCGACGUGCACCUGCGUGCCCUGGACGGCAUGAGCGCGCUGCACGCCGCCGCCGCCCGAGGCCACUACUCGCUCGUCGUCUGGCUGGUCACAUUCACUGACAUCAGCCUGAUGGCGAGGGAUAAUGAUGGGGCCACAGCCCUCCACUUUGCGGCCCGAGGUGGACACACACCCAUUCUGGAUCGGCUCCUGCUUAUGGGUGUCCCCAUCAUGAGAGAUUCCUGGGGCGGGACCCCGCUCCACGAUGCAGCGGAGAACGGGCAGUUGGAGUGCUGCCAGACCUUGGUCUCCCACCACGUGGACCCCUCCCUCCGAGAUGAGGAUGGUUACACAGCCGCAGACCUGGCCGAGUACCAUGGACAUCAGAGCUGUGCCCAAUACCUGCAGGACAUGGCCCGACCGGUACCGCUGAUGAUGACGCCACCACCGCCACCAUUCCCCCCUCCCCCGCUGUCAGCUGCCAGGUGCACCCCGGAAGGGGGAGCAAGAGGGGGCUCAGGGCUCGGCAGCCCCAGGCGUGAGUACAUGGGGGAGGAAGGCUCUUUGACACCAGGGCCAGCAGCAGCACAUGGCACCCUGGCCUGGCCUGGCCAGCCUGAGCCGCCUCCCACCAUGGCGUCCACAACCUCCACAGCAGCCCCGAGGGGCCCCACGGGGGCGGACACAGCAGCGGUCACCCCGGACGGCUUGGCCGCGUUGCAGCUGGAUGGACCGCCCUCGGGUGACUUGGACGGGUUGGUGCCCACGCGGGAUGAACGCGGCCGGCCCAUCCCCGAGUGGAAGCGGCAGGUGAUGGUUCGGAAACUUCAGGCUCGCCUCAGCGCCGAGGGGGCACCUGAGGGCCAGGAGGAUGGCGGGAGCGGGGCCCCCGCGGAGCAGGCAGCCUGGCGAUACUCGCAGGCCCACCAGGCCAUCCUGGGCCCCUUCGGGGAGCUGCUAACGGAGGACGACCUGGUGUACCUGGAGAAGCAGAUCGCGGACCUGCAGCUACGCCGACGUUGUCAGGAGUACGAGAGCGAGCUGGGGCGGCUGGCCGCGGAGCUGCAGGCUCUUCUCCCCGCACCCGUGGUCAGCAUCACCGUCAACAGCCACUUCCUGCCCCGGGCGCCCGGGCCAGAGGGCGACGAGGCCGAGGCCCCGGCUGUGGCGCUGCCCGAGGGUGAGGCGGAGGCGGGCGCGGCACCGGGCAGCCAGCCUCUGCCCUUCUGGUGCACCCACAUUGCCCGGCUGGUGCGCAGCAUGUCCCUGCUGCUUCGGGGCGUCAAUGGGCUGAUGCAAGGCGACGAACGGCCAGCAGUCCGGGUCCCGGACGCAGCCACGCGGGAACCUCCGGCCAGCCCCCCGCGCAGCGAGGCCCAGCGGGAGAUCCAGGAGUGCGGGGUGUCCGUGCGGGUGCUGCGGGGCAACUUCGAGAACAUCACCCCAAACCCGGGGCCGUGUGAGCAGGGGGCCAGGCCUGGGCAGUGCGUAAGAGGCUGCUGGGUGGCCCCUGUGCGGUCCCAAGGCGGGCCCAGCGACGCCGAGGAGGCCAGCGACUCAGGCAUCAGCUGUGAGGAGCCGGCGGAGGCGGGCGCGGCCCCUAGACUGGACCUGGCCAACCUGCGCAAGGAACGCAUCGUCAUGUUGUUCCUCAGCCACUGGAAGAAAUCCGCCUACACGCCCGCCCUCAAGACCGCUGCCUGCAGGACCCUGGUGGCCCACCGCGCCCAGCGCCCCCAGCCACCCUCCCCACCACCCAGCGAGGGCCCCCGACUCAGCCACCUGUGGCAGCAACACAGCAUCAUCGCCCACCUGCUGGCCAACUGGAAGGCCAUUAUGGCCCACGUGCCCAGCCGGCAGCUGCGGCGGCUGAGCCGGCGACCGCGUGGCCCGCUGUCCCCUGAGCAAUUCCUCCCGCACGUGGACGGAGCGCCCGUGCCCUACGACAGCCUUACACUGGACCUCUUCAUGCUGGGCUACUUCCAGCUGCUGGAGUGUGACCUGUCGCCGGAAGAACGCAAGAUGCGGCACCUACUGUGCUUCGAGGUCUUUGAGCACCUGGGCGCCCACGGCUGGGAGGCCGUGCGCGCCUUCCACAGGGCCGUCACCGACGAGGUGGCCACCGGCCGCCGCGCCUGGACUGACGGCUUCGAGGACAUCAAAGCCCGCUUCUUCGGUUCCAGCCGGGGCCCUGCCUGGGACCCAGAGCGCGGCCACAAGUCCGGCCUGAGCGUGCUGGGACCGCCGCCCCCCACCUUGGCUCCCAGCUGUGGCCCUGAGCCUGAAACCCGGGGCCCAGGCGUCCAGCGGGACUGCUUCAGGAGCGAGGACAUCUGCGGUUACAUCGACCGGAGUUUCGCCUUCUGGAAGGAGAAGGAGGCCGAGAUGUUCAGCUUCGGAGAGUGA